GCAUGGGCUUUUAUUACUGUUCAUCACGUCCAUGUAGUGAAACAAUGGUGCUAAAUAUUUUGACGGAAAUUUAACUGGAAGUAGUUGCAUAGUCUGCACUGUAAUGCUCAGUGAGCUGGAUUCCUGCGGUUGUUUGAUUUUACACAUCGUGUGAUCAGCUGUUAAAGACCAUGGCAGAUUAUUUAAGUGAUGCUUCCUCCGACAGUGAAUCAAAUAGCCGGAAUUCUGAGGAUUCCAGCUACAGCAACCUCUCUACGAUCCCAGAUAACUUGAUCCCCCGUGCCAAAGAGAUCCUCUCCCUCAAAAUGAACCACAAUGAGAUUUUAUUGCUCCCACCGUCUAUAUCUGUGUUUGUGAACUUGCUCUCUCUUGAUCUCAGCAAUAACCACCUAACUCAUAUACCUAAAGAGUUGAUAAGUCUUAGGUGUUUAAGGAAACUUCUAGUCAAAAGCAAUGGAUUAUCCUGUGCAUCUAUUCCUAAGGACUUUGGACUGCUGUCAUCUUUGGAGGUGUUAAACUUUAGUGGAAAUUCACUUGAAACCUUUCCUCCCCAGUUUACAGAACUAUCAAAUCUACGACGUCUUUACCUGGGUGGGAAUUGUAUAUCAGAAAUGCCAAAUUCUAUCAAAAACUUGCAGAGACUAGAGGUAUUGUACCUCGGUGGAAAUCGACUAACAGAGGUCCCAGCAGAAAUAGGACAGCUUUAUAAUCUCUCCUGUUUAAUACUGUGUGACAAUCAAAUUCAAAGCAUUCCACCAACACUGAUCCAGCUCCGAAAAUUACAGUCGCUAAGUCUCCACAAUAACCAAAUCUCUACCCUCCCUCCUGAGAUUGUGAGACUUAAUCUCUCGGAACUCAGUCUCAGGAAUAAUCCUCUUGUGAACAAAUUUGUACAAGACAUGACUUACGAACCACCCACUCUACUAGAGCUAUCAGGAAGAGUGAUUAAAAUAGAAAAAGUCAAGUAUACCAAAAACGAUCUCCCUAGUAAUCUACGAAAAUAUCUGGCAUCUGCUCAGAGAUGUGUGAACCCCAAAUGUAAAGGUGUGUAUUUUACAUCAAGGAUUGAGCAUGUGAAGUUUGUAGACUUCUGUGGGAAAUAUCGCCUCCCCUUGUUGCAGUAUCUGUGUUCCCCUCAGUGUAGGACAAUACCAGCUGUGUACCACAGCAGCAGUGACACCGAAACAGACGAAGAGGAAGUGGCCAACGCAAAACUACGCCGCGUGCUGCUGGGGUAGCCAUCUGCUACAUCACAAGACAAUGCUUCCAUGCCCCCGCACAAAUGGCAAACAGAAUAGAUGUUAUCUAUCAAUGCAUUGAAACCACAUUCACAGAUUUAUGAAACUGUAUGUCAUUGUGGUUUGAAAUGUAUUCCAAAAGUCUUAAAUGUGAAAUACGGGUAUUUGUAAUUUUUUUUUUUUUAGAGUUUAGUUAAUUAUAGUCUAUGGAAAGGUAUAUUUUUGUUGACUUCUGUUUUUCUUUUUUAUGAUUAAUAUCCAAUGAAACUGCUAUAAGAUAUAUAUUGAAUUAAACACUUAUCUUGAAGUAAAAAUUAGUGAUACUGUCUGUUACUUGCUUCAGCAAAGUUUUACACUUGGAAAAUGUGCAAAAUUGUGUUAAUUGUACAAGAUUAUCGGUGUUUGUAUCCCCAUUACUGCAGCAAUGUCACUAUAUCGAGAGAACUUAUUUAAUUAUUAUUUUUCACUAGUCCAAUUUGUCUCACAGUCUUUUUUUUAAAUAUGUU